AUGCUGAAGCUCUUCACAUCCCAUCACGUGACUAGCCGGUUAAGGAAUCGGAGUUCCCACAAAUUGGCUCGUCGAGCUUUCUUAACGACACUAACCGAUUCCAAGCCUACCGACACUGUCUCUGCUAAACCAUGCAUCGACGAUUGUCAAACGGUUGUAGCAUUGCCGUUGCUACGCAAGCCUCUUAUUCCUGGUUUUUACAUGCCACUCUAUGUCAAGGAUCCUAAAGUACUUGCAGCUCUACAAGAGAGCAAAAGUGGACAAGCUCCAUAUGCAGGGGCUUUCCUUUUGAAGGAUGACAAAUACGCUUCAACUGCUUCAUCUUAUUAUGGCUUUGAAACAGUGAAUAUCCUAGAUAAGUUGAAAGGCAAAGAGUUGCUUAAAAAAAUUUACCAAGUUGGCACACUUGCUCAGAUUUUAAGUAUCCAAGGUAAGCAAGUCAUCCUUGUUGGUCGCAAACGACUUCAAAUAACAGAGAUGGUGAAUAGAAAUCCUCUAACUGUCAAAGCUCAACAUAUAAAGGAUAAGCCAUAUGAUAAGGACGAUGAGGUCAUCAAGGCAACAUACAUUGAGGUUAUUUCUAUGCUUAGGGAUGUCUUAGAGACAACAUCACUCUUCAGGAAUCGAGUUCAGACCUAUACACAGGUUAUAGGUGACUCCAACUAUCGAAAGUUAGCCGAGUUUUUAUUACAAAAAAGAAGAAGAAAUUUUACCGGCCUUAGAGCUGGGAUCUUUGAUGCUACUGACUUCAAUUACCAAAAGUUAGCCGAUUUUGGAGCCGGGAUCUGUGGCGCUAACAAACAUAAAAUUCAGGAGGUUCUUGAAGAAUUGGAUGAGGAAUAUGGUUCUGCUGAAUACGUCAAACAAAACCGACUUUCUGACACGUUUAGGAAAAGGAUUGAACCUAUUAAAGAGAAAAUUCCGAAACAUGUCCUAGAAGUCAUAGAAGAAGAGCUUGCGAACCUUGAUAGGAAAGAAUACGGUUUUGGUAGCACCGAUAGUAUCUAUAGCUACCUUGAUUGGUUGACUGCGUUGCCUUGGGGAAACUGCAGUGAUGAGAACUUUGAUGUCCUACGGGCAGAAAAGAUUCUUGACGAGGAUCACUACGGAUUACAUGUUAUCAUUUGUCUCUCUGGCCCUCCUGGGGUAGGAAAAACUAGCGUUGCUCGUUCUGUCGCACGUGCUCUUGGCCGCAAGUUCUUUCGGCUCGCUGUUGGAGGACUAUCUGAUAGUUCCGAGAUCAAGGUAUACAUACUACUGCAUGACAUAAACAGUUGGAGAAAAAUAUUUCACAUAGCAAACAGUUGUCUUUUCUCCAACAAAAAAAACAGUUGGAGAAAAAUAUUUCACAUAGCAAACUUGUCUUUUCUCCAACAACAAAAAAAAAACACUAGAGAACUGACAUAUUUUAUAACAUAAGUCAUCAUCUAAAAUGUGUUCACUUAUAGGGGGACCGUAGAGUAUAUAUUGGUGCCACGCCCGGAAAGAUGGUGCAGUGUCUAAAGGAAGUGGGAACAGAGAAUCCUCUUGUUCUGCUCGAUGAGAUUGAUAAGGUAAUUAAGCUAGGAUGAGUUGUUAGUCUUUUUGAAUUGAAUUUGUCUUUAGAGAUUAUUUGCAACGAUUGUCACUUGGUUCACUGGCAGCUUGGAAACAGUAGUAGAGAUCCAGAGGGUGCGUUGUUGGAGCUUCUUGACCCAGAGCAAAAUGCACAUUUUCUAGAUUACUUUCUUGAUGUUCCUAUCGACUUAUCAAAGGUACUCUCUCUUUUUCUUAUUCACCUUUUUUUGAACUUUCAUCCUAAUCAAUUUUUUUUGGUUGUAGGUUUUGUUUGUAUGCACAGCAAACAAUAUAGAUAGGCUUCCAGGUCCUCUACUAGACAGGAUGGAGGUUAUAGAACUCGCAGGGUACACUGCCGAUGAGAAAAUGCAUAUUGCUAGAGACUAUUUGGUGAAAAUUGUACAAAGAAAAUGUGGCAUGAAGCCUGAACAAGUUGACGUGAGCGACGCGGCUCUUCUUUCCUUGAUAGAAAACUACUGCAGAGAAGCAGGAGUUCGAAAUCUCCAGAAGCAGAUUGAAAAGAUUUUUCGUAAGGUAAGGUCACUAAAUAUAGUACAAACUUCUUAACUUGGAUGCCAAGCAAUCUAAAAUUACACUAUAUACUCCGAGCUUUUUUAACUUGGAUGCUAAGCAAUCUGAAAUUAUUUUGGUUUACUAACAGAUUGCUCUUAAACUUGUACGCCAAC